AUGUUCAAUAUUCAACCUGUAACACAAACUAUUGGGCAGAACUUCACAUACCAGUGCAACUACAACCAGAAUGUCUCCUUAUGUAUAAAAUUCAUCUGCAAAGGAGAAGAUUCAACUGUGUGCAAACAGCUAGUAACCACCACAGAGCCUGACGUGAAACAGAGGUUUAUAAUGAAAAAGAACAACGGGAGUAUCACCAUUACAGUGAGAGAAGUAACAGCAAACGAUAGUGGGAUAUACUGGUGUGGAGCGAGAGUCCCUCACAAACACAAUCAAACACGUGACGACUUCUUUGAUGGAUUUCAUUUGACUGUAGGUCCGACACCACAAAGUAUUCCACAUUCACAUGAGAACAAAUUUGUCGUCGUGUUGAUCGUCUGUAUGGCUUUUCUGCUGCUAGUGCUGCUGAUGGUUGUCAUAGUUUUGAUCCUUAUUUACAAACGCCUUUCACGUUCAAAGGAUACAGGAAGUGAAGCAACAGCACAGAAUAUCAAAGAGGACAAUAUCUAUGAAGAAAUAGAGGAGCAUUUCCAGAGUCCAGGCUCAGAAAAUGCCACAAACACAGUUUAUCUCACCGUCGAUCAUCCUACAAACCAUCCCGCCUCACUCCAUUACUCCACCAUCAACUUUCCGAUCAGCUCUGACAUAGCUGCUGCUGAGACACUGAUCCUCACGCCCAGCUCAUCGGCCUGCAAAUAUUCGACUGUGAAGCACAGCACGAGUCUGACUAUGUCGACUGCCACACACCCACUCAGACCUCCACAGGAGCCUCUCUACUCAAAAGUCGAGAAGUUGAAGCCAAAACAGAAAUAAGACUCUCACUCAUGCAAUCCACCCCUGUCAACCUCAAACACACCUCAGCUGGAGCCAUCCAAACCUCAGUCUUCAUCCUCAC